GAGGCUUUGCAUUCGAGUCACGGGCACCGUACGUCAGGUAGUGACCUUGAGGCUCUAGCCACGCCGCUGAGCUUAUCUGCCGCCGAUACACACUGCGUAGAGUGUAAGCGAUACUGUUCACUCGAUGGCCGGCUCUCGACACCGUGGGGCGCUCUUUGUGUACACACUACGCACUAGCCGAUCGCAACGAACCGGCACGCGCCUGGCGUUGUUUUGUUUACGCGCCGAUCAACUCUACCAAGUGCGUCGCCGGAAUAUUUUAACAUAGAAUUAAAAGUUAUUACGCUUCGUAUUCAAUCAUGUUUGUGUUUGUGAUACUGUUGACGAUCGUCUUGUGUCUUCUGCUGCUGUUAACGGUCUUCCACUACACGACAAAUGGAAGGAAACACUGGCUGCACAGGAAAGUGCCGUACAGAGAGCCUUGCCCGAUAUUCGGCAACUUUGGCGCCACUCUCACCAUGAGACGCAGCUACACGAGCAUGUUACAAUAUUUCUACGAGUGCUACAAAGAUGAAAAAUACGUCGGUAUCUUUCAGGCGCGGCGUCCGACGCUGUUCCUUGUGGACUUGGAUAUUGUGAAAAGUGUACUGUCAACGGAGUUUCAGUACUUCAGUGAUCGAAUAUCAGUGUCAACGGACACAAAGAGGGAGCCUUUAUUGCGCAAUUUGGCGAAUAUGAGUGGUGCUGAAUGGAAAACGAUGAGGCAUAUAGUCACCCCGACGUUUUCUUCCGCGAAAAUGAAAGCAAUGUUCCCUUUAAUUGCGGAAUGCGCAAAAGGCUUGAAAAAUGUAUUGCAGCUCGAGUCAAAAGAGGAUGUUAACGUUCCAAACUUGAUGAAUCGCUUCACCACUGACGUUAUAGGCAGCUGCGCCUUCGGUGUCGACCCGGGGUCAUUGAAAAAUCCUCAGUCACCGUUUUUGAUAAUGUCCCAAAAAAUGUUCAAGACAGACCGCACAACAAUUCUUAAAAGAUACUGUCGCGCGUUCUUCCCAAGACUCUUCAAAUUUUUGAAUCUCAGAACAUACUCGACGGAUGUUGAAAUAUUCUUCACCGAUAUUAUAAAUCAGGUGCUGACGACGAGACGAACAACGGGCGUUCAGCGGCACGAUUUCCUGCAAUUAAUGCUCAAUGUGCAAAAAACUGAAAAAGAGUUUAACAUGACUGACGCCUUGAUAACGUCGAACUCCUUUAUUUUUAUGCUGGCGGGAUUGGAGACGUCAGCGACUACGUUGUCGUUUUGUUUGUAUGAGCUCGCGAAGGACCCCCUCUUACAAAACAAACUCCGGGUUGAAGUGUUAGAAUGCUUAGAACGUUACAAUGGAUUGAACUAUGAAGCUAUUAUAGCUAUGCGGCUCGUUCUCCAGAGUGUAUUGGAAACCUUGAGGCUGCAUCCACCGACGCCUUUGACCAGCCGACUUUGUACUCAGCCGUGUACCUUGGCAGGUACCGAUCUCAGCAUGAGGCUGAAAGACGCAGUUCUUGUACCAAUCCAUUGUAUACAGAGGGACCCUAAAUAUUUUCCGGAACCUGACAAGUUUGACCCGGAUAGAUUUAGCGACGACUCAAACCCUCAGGCUUUCUUAGCUUUUGGAGACGGCCCGAGAAGUUGUCCAGGUGCCCGUUUUGGACAAUUGACAGUGUCUGCUGGUCUCGCAGCGAUACUCAGCCAUUUCACGGUAGAACCCUGCUCCAAAACCACAGCAAGCAUUCAGUACGAUCCCCGUAGUGUGAUGCUGAAGAAUAAGGGAGGAAUUUGGCUUAGCUUUAGACCAAUACAAGACUGAUGUCGGAUUAAAUAUACCUAUAACUGUAUCAUAGUGUGUACUAACAGUAUUGUUGAAUAUGUUAUUUAUAAAUUAAGAAUGUACUUAUGACUGUAUGAAAUAAUAAUGUGAGAGCUAUCGUAAGCGUAACGUUUACCAGUGAGAGGCUCCUUUGCACAGGAUGCCGGCUAGAUUAUCGGUACCACAACGGCGCCUAUUUCUGUCGUGAAACAGUAAUGUGUAAGCAUGUGUUUCGGUCUAAAGGGCGCCGUAGCUAGUGAGACUUAACAUCUUAUAUCUCAAGAUGCCGAGCGCUAUUGUAGUGCCGCUCAGAAUUUUUGGGUUUCUCAAGAAUCCUGAGCGGCACUGUAUUGUAAUGGGCAGGGCGUAUCAAUCACCGUCAGCUGAACGUCCUGCUCGUCUCGUCCCUUACAUUAUAAAUAAAGCCUGCAUUGAAACUGACUGUGACUGUGUAUAUCCGUAUCAUGUUAUAAUUACACGCCAUUUGAUGCAUUAAAAAUAUAUUUUAUUUAAUAAUGUGAUCAUCGCGGAAUUCUAACGGAACUUUAGUAUAAAUUCGGAACUGCUAAUAAAGUGUAUAAACUCAAUAUUAUGCUGUUAUGAAAGUCAUAGUUGAAUUGUUAAUGUUUUCAUAUUAAACGCUACGCUCUCCAAUAAUGUUAUUGUGUCUCUGGUGAAGUGUUAUGAAUUAUAUAUUAUAUUCAAACUGUACUUAUCUUUAUCUCUAUAGAUAUAACUGGUUGUUAAACUAUGUUGUUCUUAAUUACUUAUACCACUCUUUUUCCGUCUAUGGAAAGCUGAGUAAGUGUAUGUUAAUUAAUUAUUUACCUAUAAUAAAUAAUGUAUCAAA